AUGUCUCGCUACGCCGCUGCAUUCGCAAACACCGCCGGUCCUGGCGACGCUCGUCCCACUGCUCUGCAAAUCGUCAAAGACGAAGGUGCUAAGGGCAAGUUGGCCGGCAAGGUCAUCGUGAUCACCGGAACCUCCUCUGGUCUCGGCAUCGAAACUGCUCGAGCUCUCGCGCAAACAGGAGCGAGACUGAUUCUUACUGCCCGUGAUCUGGAAAAGGCAAAGACCGCCCUUGAAGGCAUACUCGAGCCUGGUCGCGUCGAUCUUGUCGCCAUGGACAAUACCUCUCUGGAGAGCGUUCGCGCUGCUGCGAAGGAGGUUCUCAAGAUCUCGGGCAAUCAAGUCAACAUUCUCAUCAACAAUGCUGGAAUCAUGGCUUUGCCUGAUCUUCAGCACACUAAGGAUGGCUUCGAGAUGCAAUUUGGCGUCAACCACCUGGCGCACUUCCUCUUCUUCGAGUCGCUAAAGCCUGCACUUCUUGCCAGCGCCACGACUGAGUGCUCUUCUCGGGUCAUCAACCUGUCUUCAUCAGGCCAUCGCAUCUCUUCCAUCAAUGAGUCUGACAACUACAACUUUGAAAAGGGUGGGUACCACGGCUGGGUUGCUUAUGGUCAAUCCAAGACCGCCAAUGUCUACAUGACCAACGAGAUCGAGCGACGCUACGGAUCUUUGGGUCUCCAUGCGAAUGCCGUCCACCCUGGCCUGAUCGGGACCCCACUCAUGAAACAUGUCGACGCGGACGUUCUGGAUGGUUGGGCUCAAAACGAGGCGAUUGGUCGGCUUAUGAAGUCUGUCGCACAAGGUGCUGCGACCACAGUUUGGGCUGCUGUCGGUAAGGAAUGGGAGCAUAAGGGUGGAAAGUAUCUUGCUGAGUGCGAGGUCGCACCUCUUGGUGAGGAUGACCACAAGGCUGAGAGCUUCGGUCACGUUCCUCACACUUAUGAUCCUGAGAGAGAAGCUCGUCUUUGGAAGGACUCUUUGAAGAUGGUUGGACUGGAAGACAAUUAG